AAUAGAGAUGGGCACAGCCAAUGACAGCACCUUCAGCCAUUUCAUCCUUCUAGGUUUCUCUGACCAGCCCCAGCUGGAGAGGGUCCUCUUCGCAGUCAUCCUGCCCGCCUACCUCCUGACCCUGCUGGGCAACAGCACCAUCAUCCUGGUGUCCAGGCUGGACCCGCACCUGCACACCCCCAUGUACUUCUUCCUCACACACCUGUCCUUCUUGGACCUCAGCUUCACCAGCAGCUCCAUCCCACAGCUGCUCUACAACCUCAGCGGGCAGGACAAGACCAUCAGCUAUGUGGGCUGUGCUCUGCAGCUGGUCCUAUUCCUGGGCCUGGGGGGUGUGGAGUGCCUGCUGCUGGCUGUCAUGGCCUAUGACCGCUUUGUGGCCGUCUGCAAACCCCUGCACUACAUGGUGGUUAUGAGCCCCAAGCUCUGCGUGGGCCUGGUCUCAGUGGCCUGGGGCUGUGGGGUAGCCAAUUCCUUGGCCAUGUCUCCAGUAACCCUCAGUUUACCCCGCUGCGGACGCCGCAGUGUGGACCACUUCCUCUGCGAGAUGCCAGCUCUCAUCAGGAUGGCCUGCGUCAACACCGCUGCAGUGGAAGGCACAGUGUUCGUCCUGGCGGUAGGCAUCGUGCUCUCUCCCUUGGUGUUCAUCCUGGUCUCCUAUGGCUACAUCGUAAGAGCUGUGCUGCAGAUCCGCUCUGCUGCGGGGCGGCAAAAGGCUUUCAAUACGUGUGGCUCGCACCUCACUGUGGUUUCGCUUUUUUAUGGAAACAUCAUCUAUAUGUACAUGCAGCCAGGGAACAGCUCCUCCCAGGACCAGGGCAAGUUCCUCACCCUCUUCUACAACAUGGUCACCCCUCUCCUCAACCCUCUGAUCUACACGCUCAGGAACAAGGAGGUGAAGGGGGCGCUCAGGAGGCUGCUGCUGGGUAGCCGAGAGACAAAAGUAGUAAGGGCUGGUUCCAGACAGAACAGAAGGAAGCUGUCCUGGUGA